AUGACAGCCAUCAUGACAAAAGAGAAAAAUGCAUCUGAAACGUACCAAAAGAUCACGCAGCUGGAGCAUAUCUUGAAAAGGCCUGACACCUACAUCGGGUCCGUGGAGAUGCAGGACUUCCAUAUGUGGGUGCACGACGCUGAAAUGGAUUGUAUGGUGGAGAAACAGGUCAAUAUUGUGCCCGGCCUGUUCAAAAUCUUUGACGAAAUUAUUGUUAACGCUGCAGACAACAAGGUGCGGGACCCCUCGAUGAAGAAGAUCGAGGUUGUCAUCAAUCGCGAAGAAAACUACAUUGAAGUGAAAAAUGACGGAAACGGGAUACCUAUCGAAGUCCACGCGAAAGAGGGCAUUUAUAUCCCGGAGUUGAUUUUUGGCCAUCUUCUGACGUCCUCCAACUACGACGACAAUGAGAAGAAGGUUACAGGAGGAAGAAACGGGUAUGGUGCCAAGCUCUGUAACAUCUUUUCCACUGAGUUCAUUCUGGAGACCUCGGACCCUAAGUCAGGACAGAAAUACGUCCAGAAAUGGGAAUCCAACAUGAAUGUCUGCCAUCCACCAAAGAUCACCUCAUAUAAAAAGGGUCCUUCGUACACGAAAAUUACUUUUAAGCCCGAUCUUCAACGCUUUGGCAUGGAAGUGCUAGAUGAUGAUAUUUUGGGUGUGAUGCGGCGGCGUGUAUAUGACAUUAACGGUUCGGUGCGUGAUGUGAACGUGAGCUUGAAUGGAAAAAGCCUGAAAAUUAGGAACUUCAAGAGCUACAUGGAGUUAUACAUGAGGUCGCUAGAGAAAAAGAGGUUAAUUGAUAGUGGUAUGGCCCCUGAAUCUGCAUCCGAAAAAGUCAACGCGCCUACAAUUCUUUAUGAAAAGGUUAACGACCGGUGGGAACUCGGUUUCGCUGUCUCGGAUAUAUCCUUCCAGCAAAUAUCGUUUGUAAAUUCCAUUGCUACAACAAGUGGUGGUACGCAUGUCAAUUAUUUGACAGAUCAAAUUGUUAAGAAGGUUUCUGAGCUACUGAGCAAGAAGAAGAAAACUGUCAAACCAUUCCAGAUCCGCAAUAACAUAUUUAUUUUUAUUAAUUGUUUGAUCGAAAACCCUGCAUUUACCUCGCAAACGAAGGAACAAUUGACCACUCGUGUCAGAGAUUUUGGCUCGAAAUGCGAAGUCAGUAGUGACUUCAUCAACAAGAUAAUGAAGACUGAGUUGGCUACAAAAAUUUUUGAAAUAGCUGAUGAAAACGCAGCCAAGCUCCUAAAGCAAACUGAUGGUACCAGAAAGAAUAGAAUAACAGACUACCCUAAACUUGAGGAUGCCAAUAAAGCUGGAACCAAAGAGGGCCAUAAGUGUACGCUUGUUUUGACUGAAGGUGAUUCCGCGUUGUCCCUGGCCGUUGCUGGCCUAUCUGUCGUCGGUAGAGAUUAUUAUGGCUGUUUCCCGCUCAAGGGUAAAAUCUUAAACGUCCGAGAUGCAUCAGUUGAACAAAUACGUAAAAAUACUGAAAUUCAAGCCAUUAAAAAGAUCAUGGGUCUGCAGCAUAAGAAACAAUACACCAUUGAGGAUAUGAAGACAUUGAGAUAUGGUCAUGUAAUGAUUAUGACUGACCAGGACCAUGAUGGUUCGCACAUCAAAGGUUUGUUGAUUAAUUUUUUUGAAAGCACGUUCCCAGGAUUACUGGAUAUACCGGGAUUUUUAAUAGAGUUUAUUACCCCGAUCAUGAAGGUCACUAUUUUGAAACCAAAGAAACAAGUUAUCCCAUUUUAUAACCUUCCAGACUACGAAAAAUGGAGGGAUACCGAAUCUCACAAAUAUGUUUGGAAGACUAAGUAUUAUAAGGGUUUGGGUACUUCUUCUUUCCAAGAAGCUAGGGAAUAUUUCUCCGCAUUAGACGUUCAUAUAAAAAAAUUCCACAGCUUAAAUCCAGAUGAUUCGAGCCUCAUUGAUCUUGCCUUCUCUAAGAAGAAAGCUGAUGACCGGAAAGAAUGGUUGCGGCAGUAUGAACCAGGCACGGUCCUUGACCCUCACUUGACAGAGAUCCAAAUAGGUGACUUCAUUAAUAAAGAACUGAUUUUAUUUUCCCUCGCUGACAAUCUUCGUUCGAUACCGCACCUCCUAGAUGGGCUGAAGCCUUCCCAACGGAAAGUAAUUUUUGGAAGUUUUAAGCGUAAUAUUAUGAAAACAGAAAUAAAAGUUCAAGAACUGGCAGCGUAUGUUUCGGGACAAACUGCUUAUCAUCAUACAGAGCAGUCGUUAGUUCAAACCAUUGUCAGUCUGGCUCAGGACUUUGUCGGUGCAAAUAAUAUCUACCUGCUUAUGCCCCGUGGUGCCUUCGGUACGAGGGCAACCGGUGGUAAGGAUGCUGCGGCUGCCAGAUACAUCUUUACUCAAUUGAACAGUAUCUCUAAACAUGUAUUUAACCCGUUGGACAAUCCCCUAUUGACGUAUGUUCAGGAUGAUGAGAAAACUGUGGAGCCUGAAUGGUACGUACCGGCGCUCCCAAUGGUGCUUGUCAAUGGUGCAGAGGGGAUCGGUACUGGGUGGAGUACUUCUAUUCCGCCGUUUAAUCCUAUCGAUAUCGUGAACAAUUUGAGGAAACUAAUGCGCGGAGAUGAACCGGAUGAUAUGGCUCCGUGGUUCAGAGGCUGGAACGGUACAAUGCAAAAGAUUGAUGCCCAAAGAUAUCGUAUUUUCGGUAGGAUAGAGCAAGUUGGAGAAAACACGGUAGAGAUUACGGAGCUACCAGCUAGAACUUGGACUACCACAAUCAAAGAGCAUUUACUUUUGGCAUUGAGUGGAAAUGAGAGGACUAAACCAUGGGUCAAAGACAUGCAGGAACAACAUGGCGCUACUAUUAAGUUUGUAGUUACUCUUACUCCUGAAGAGAUGGAAAGGACGAGGAAAAUAGGUUUCUAUGAAAGGUUUAAACUCAUUAGCACGGUAAGUUUGAGUAAUAUGGUCCUAUUUGAUGCGCAUAAUAAAAUCAAGAAAUAUAAUGACGUUAAAGAAAUCUUGACUGACUUUUUCUAUGUGAGGCUGGAAUUCUACCAAAAACGGAAGGAUUAUAUGAUCGAGCGUCUACAAUGGCAAUUAGAAAAGCUGAGCUUCCAAGUUAAAUUCAUUAAGAUGAUUAUUGAUGAAGAACUGAGGGUUACCAAAAAGGCUCGAUCUGUCUUAAUGAAAGAGUUGGAGUCGUUGGGCUUUCCUCGAGUUGACGCAGAAGGUAAGCCGCACUUCGAGAAAAUUGAUGAAGACUUAGAAGAAAUGGAUGCUUCGGAUCCCGAGGAAUUUGCUGAGGAGUUGGAUGAACAGGGUGGCGAAGUAGCAGACGAAAACGUCGUUGUGGGACCAUUGGAGAAGUUUGGUACCUAUGAAUACCUGCUGGGCAUGAAAAUCUGGUCUUUAACAAAGGAAAAGUAUGAGCGACUCCUAAGAGAAAAACAAAAUAAGGAAGCAGAGCUACAAGAGUUGCUUGGGAAAUCUGCCAAAGACCUCUGGAAUGCAGACCUUGAUAUGUUUGUUCGGGAGUACGAAGAAUUUAUUAAAUAUGAUACCGAAGUCCGUGACGGAACAAUCAGGGCAGUUGGUUCGAAGGUUAAAGGUAAGAAACGCGCCCACAAGGAUGACGAUGACUAUAAUCCCUCUAAGAAAAAACCUGCCAAGUCAUCAGUUAAAAAGCUCAAGACUGAGCAGCCGGUGGAAAGGAUCCUACUGGAACCACCCACUCAGGAGCAGGUUAAAAAACCAGCCAAAGUAAAGACAGAGACAAACGUAAGCAUCCCAAAGCAGACCCCUACUCCAAAGUCUAAGUCGGCUUCAGCUUCGUCUUCUAAAGUGCCUACACCCCUGUCAAAGCAGGAGCCCGAAGCGCCGUCUACCAUUUUUGACGCUCCUUCUUCUUCCUCCUCCACUCCGGUGCCUGGGCACUUGGAUAUCUUUAGCAAAUUUAGGAAAGCAUCCAGUGACUUUGACAAGCCCUUUGUGGCCGAGUCGAAUGAAGUUGCCGAGAAGCCGUCCGGGAAGGCCAAACGGCAAACUACUCCCGCUGCCAGCAAAUUAAAGCCCGCUGCAAAGAAAAUAAAGACGCCCGCGCUCGAUGAAAGCGAAUCUGAUUUUGACCUUGACCUCAGCGACUCCCAGCCCGCCAUCGCCCCUAGAAGUAGAGCCUCGCGAGCUGUCGCCAAAAAGCCAACCUACGUAGUUGACCUUUCCGAUGACAGUUUUGUAGAUGGAGACGCAGAGGAGGAUGUGGAGGAACCGGAUACUGACGAAUCCUUCCAGGCCUCUGACUAG